GCGGAGCAUGGGCGGGCUCAGACUAACCUUGCUGGGAAUGUGUUGCUUUGAAAGCCAGACACUUUAAGCACAUGCCUGGGAGGCUCAGCGUAUGUUUGCUGCUGGGGACUUGUUGUUGUUCUUUAGCCCAGCUGACAUCUCGAAUGCAGCAACUCCCUGUAUUCCUGCACUAGACCAGGGCGCUACUCACCAAACACACAAAAGACAAGGACUUGUUUGUUUUAUUUCAUUUCUAACACAAUGAUGAACGGCUACCCGCCCGAGGAGAUCCGCCGUGAGACCCCCGCAGAGAUCAGCUCCCCGGCCGCUUCCAUCUCCCCAACAAUAGGGGCCGCGGCUGUGGGUCCCUUCAAUGGGCAGGUGUGUUGCCUGCGGGAAGAGGGGGAGCGCUGCAACCGGCCUGCGGGGAACGCCAGCUUCAGCAAGCGCAUCCAGAAGAGCAUUUCUCAGAAGAAAGUCAAGAUUGACUUGGACAAAACAGCAAGACACCUCUAUAUUUGCGACUUUCACAAGAGCUUAAUUCAGAGUGUCAGAAAUAGAAGGAAAAGGAAAGGCAGCGAUGAUGACGAAGGUGAUUCCCCUGUUCAUGACACGGAUACUCCUGAGGUGGAUUUGUUUCAGUUGCAAGUAAACACACUGAGAAGAUAUAAGCGACAUUUCAAACUUCAAGCAAGACCAGGGCUAAAUAAAGCUCAGUUGGUGGAAAUAAUUGGAUGCCAUUUCAGGACACUCCCUGUAAAUGAAAAGGACACAUUAACAUAUUUUAUCUGCUCAGUGAAGAAUGAAAAGAACAAAUUGGACCACAAGUCUGACGGUGGUCUCCAUUAGAACACACAAAAGGUUUUAUGGACACUUAGACCUGCUGGAGACACAAGCUCUGCUACGGAAUAACGUCUGUAAAUAAAAUAGUUUAUUCUAGGGCUUAUUGUGGAAGCUGUAUAUGUUGCAAUCUCAAAGAUUGAAAUGUAUUUCUUAAAAAAAGAAUGGAAGGAUAUCUAAAGUGUGCAUGUGACUGUUAAAGGACAAUAGAAGUACAAAGUGGAUGAUGUGUCUGUAUCUAGUGCAAUAAUUUCACUCACAAUUAACUCUUUGCCAUGCAGUACUAUAUGUUGUGCCACUACUCUUCAACAUGCUGAAAGUUGCAUUUAAUGUAGGACCCAAUUUACUAAGGUAAACCGGCAUAGCCACAAAUCUGCAAUGGCAGAAAGGAUUAGGGUUAGUCACACAUUAAAUUACAUCUGCCAGAGGGUGACCAUAAAUUGUUUUUGGGGUAAAAAAAAUAGUGAAGGUAAUGUUUAAAAUUUGCAGCAGGUUUCAGAAAAGGUUUCAGAAAAGGUGAGGAGAUGGCAGCAAGAAACAUGCUGCUAGGACAUAAAAUAGUCCAUGAAGGAUUAUAAUGAUUGGCUGCUAUGAUGUGAAUUGUGAUGAACCAAUCAAUUUCUGAUCCACAAAAGAGAUGAAGAGACUUAUACAUUUAGGCAAGGUUUGUAGGGAGCAUCCUGAUGCAUUGCCAGGCAAUUGUCCUAGCUAGAUUACUUUAUCAUAAAGGGUGUUAUUUGUCCAAAUAGAAUGACUUUCAGAUUUUGGCUGCUGUUGUAAAAAGGUAUAUGUGUGGGAAUCUUUAUAACCUGUCACUACCUUUAUUAUCCUUGGGCCUUGGAAGGCUAGUUUAUAGGGAAAGAUAAAUGGAAUUUAGCAUCAUUUUCUAUAGCACUUGCUAAAAGUAGAGCAUGUUUAUAAGCAUGGUAUAGGCUAUGGUCCCAAUGCAGUGCACCAAAGAAAUAGGUUCCCUAGAUUGCACUUGCACUGUACAGAGAAAGCAGUUCUUUUAGUGAUUUGGCUUGUUUCACAGUAUGAUACUUGUGCACAUAUAUAAUUUUGAAGACAUGUUGGACACUCCUCCUGAGCUAUAGAAACUUCUGGAACACAAAGGGCAAUAUUUAUCAAAGAGUGAAUUUAGAGAUCGCCACAUCUAGAGUGAAAAUACUUUAAAGAUACAAUAGAAAUGAAUGGAGAGUGGCGGAAUUUGAGGACUGUGGCGAUCUCUAACUUCACUUUUGAUAAAUAUACCCCAAAGUGAUUUGCCCAUAGGGUUCUCUGGGUAAGAUAUCCCACUGAUGUUAAAGGGCAUACUUGUGGCCUUUCCUAAAACCAUACAUUAGCCAGUUACACUUUAAUGUGGAUUUAUUAAAAAUAGAGAUAAUAAUUAGGGCAGAGAGGCAUUUGCUCUGUAUCCUCAGGCUCAUAUACUGUAUUCUGUAGAAAAAUGCCAAAUACCAACUUGUGCUUCAUGCUACUGAAUUCAAUGGUCACAGGAGGUGUUUGGUGUUUUCCCACUGAUGGAGAAAAAGCCUACCAUUCUGACAAUUAACCUUACUCCCUGUAUAUUGCCAGUACCAGUGCAAGUCACAUAUUACUGGUAUGUGAUCAGUAAUCCAGAAUUCUGGCUUAGGGGUUUGUGCUAGUUUGUCUAAAAAAAGAUUUCAGUGUCAUCUGCACGUAAAUAAACCUGAACAACAAGGCAUUGCCUUUUUACAGAGGAACAGCAGAAUACAGAAUUGUCUAGACCCUAUACCACUUGCCGUCAGUUCAGGGAGCAUUCUGUAUAACAGAUCCCAUGCCUGCAUUGCAGAAUGUAGAUAUUAGAUAUUUUUAAUAUAUAUAUAUAUAUAUAUACAUUUAUAAUAUAUACAUCAGGGAUAUCCAGUUGUCAGCCAUCCAGCCUUUGCUGAAUUAUAACUGCCAGGAUCUAACAACAUGGGCUCCAUAUCCCUGAUUUCUUCAUGUUGGGACCUUCCUUUAUAGGAGGGCACUAUCUUAUUAACCAUCAGAGUAUCCCUUUAAUUUUUUAGAUAAAGGUGUGCGUAGCUUUAUUCUGAAAUGUCUGAAUCCCUGAAGGCAAGUUCAACUAUUGGCUUCACUUGGCAGGACUGUAAAGUGGGGAAAGAGUAAUAGUGGUGUUAAGUCAUUCUAAUAUUUACCCAUUCCACUAAUUCUAUUUCCUAUAUACAUAUGGGACAAUCAAUUUGCACCAGAUUUGGUCUAACCCGGCUACUACAUAUCUUGACCAUUACUUUGUAGGAUAAAUUAGAAGGGGUUUUAGUUUUUUCUUUUUAAAGCUUAAUAAGCAAACCAUUAUAAAAGGUAUAGUCAAUAAAGAUAAUUUUAAAGGGAAGCUAUAGGCACAAUUUCAUCUCCUGUAUUUUAGUGUUUUGUGUCUCUCUCUCUCUCUCUCUCUCUCUCUCUCUCUCUCUCUCUCUCUCUCUCUCUCUCUCUCUCUCUCUCUCUCUCUCUCUCUCUCUCUCUCUCUCUCUCUCUCUCUCUCUCUCUCUCUCUCUCACAAUCAUGCACUUUUUCAUUAAAAUGAAUGGGGUAACCUAGAUUCAUCCUUAAAGUAAUUCCUUUUCCAUUCCUCCUCCGUCACAGUGGAAUCAUUGUAAAAACAAGUGACAAACGUGGCCCAAUUCUAGUGGUCUUUUUUUAUUUUAUUUUUUUUGGACCUUCUGUUUAAAGGAAUCCCCCAAUUGAUUUCUGUGGGUUACUGGCUCUGCAGACAACUUUUUUUCUGUUAUCCUGAAGUGUUCAUGUUUUUGGUGAGGGCCAUACCGGGCUCGCCCCCCAAUGCAGGGCCUGAGUUCCCUUGUUACCCCUCUGGAUAGGCACAUGAUUCAUUAUCACAUCUUGCAGUUAGGAUCAUUUGGGCUGUUGGUCUGAAUGAAUUGUGGCCUUACAUAUAUAUAGCCAACUGUACAGUAUCUAUUAAUCAGUCAGAAUCUGUAUAGGGUUGGUCAGUGUAUGGUCAGCAUUAUUUAGUACUACUGUGUUUCACGUUAUGCCAUUUCUCUGUCCUCAGCACAGUUUUCUAGCUCAGGCCUGCUAUGGGUGAUGCUGAUAUUCUCCAGCAGGACUAGUAGUCAAAUUUAGGAGUCAUUGUCACAGCUGAGGCCCACAUGGAACAAUUUCCCUCAUUAACUGCUUACAUUCUACAUUCCAACAUAAUAAGCUCCCACAGCACAAUUUCACAACCGUGUACUUAAAGGGUAUUGUUCACCUUCAAACAACUAGUUGUUACUUUCUAUUUUCUAUGUGUCACCGUUUUUCUAAUAUUGAAGUGUAAAGUGUCAUUUUUCACCUUCUAAAGCAGCUCUGGGAGGGGGGGUCGCCGACCCUGUAAACUGUUCUAAACUGAUACAUUUAGUUGAUACAUUUCUUAUUUUUGUCCCUGCUGAGCAGAAUCCCUGAGUUUCAUUUCAAAGGCAGCUGUUAGAAUAUUUGCUAAUACUCCAGAGAUGCUGUUUAGAAAUGUAUCAACUAAAUGUUGCAAAAUUGGAACAGUUUAGCGUCUGUGCUGGAAUUACUGAGCUGCCAGACUCAAAUACCAGAGACAUUCAACUUUAAACUUAGAUUUUGGAAGAAAUAAAAAAUAAAUAAUGGAAAGUAAUUGAAAAAAGUCUUUAUUUCUGGAGAACAAUCUGAAAACAACAGAACUGAAAAAAGUGUUUGGAAGGUGAACAACCCCUCUCAAGAAAACUAUUAUACUUUCAAUAGCCCACAUUCUUUGUGUAUAAUCUGUAUUCAUUUAAAUGGAGCACUAUCAUUCUUUGAUAUUUCCAGUUCUUUAAAUUGCACAGGGGACAGAUAAUUUUCUUUGAGAAUUUGAGAUAUUGAAAACGUCUCAUUCUGACAGGAGCACCGUGUAGCUGUAGCUUCCCUUUAAACCUGCUGUUCCCUGUGUGGAUGAAAAGCCUACAGGGUCACUACGCUAUGCUAAACCUCUGUGAAAUGCUUAAGUGUUUGAUUUUAAUGAGAUCCCAGGGCUAAGCCUGGUAUAGCAAUAUAUAUAUAGAUCACUGGUAUAGCAUUGCCACACUGGCCCACAUGAUGUAUUCUAUCCUCCACAAGUUGCACUUACUGAUUUUUUUUAUUUUCUGAAUUCCCACAUUGUAACUAUUUGUUGGCAUGUAUACAUUACACAAUGGAAUCUCUGGUCUCGCCUACGUGUAAAUUAAUGUGAUGGCUUUAAUUAAAAAUGAUCCGACACUGA